AUCGAGUAGUUAGAUGUAGAUAUCGGUAUUCUCAAUCCAAAAAUAAGGUGGAACAAGUAUGAAUACAAGGAAAACAAACUUAAUCAACCUGACAAGAAUUGGCCUUAUUCUUAAAUAAAACUUACUUAACUCCAUUUUCUACUUCUCCUAUUUACUUAAUUCUAUUUAAUAACCUGUGAUAAAAUAAUACUCAUGAUUAUAACUGUGAUAAUUUUAGUUUCUCUUUUUUCUGCUAUUGAAUCUCAAAGUAGGGUCAAGUAUUGCUAUGUUUGCCGUUCACGUGGAUCGCUUGGUGACUGUGGGGAUCCUUUCCCGUGGAAUCAAACCACAGUAAAAGAUUUAAAAGGAGUUGAAGCAAGUCCAUGUCCAUCAGGUUGGUGCGGUAAAACAAUUGAAGGAAAAGAAGGCGAUCCAAUUGUAGCCACGGAACGGAUGUGUCUUCAGAGGCCACCGACAGAUCAAGAAGAGAGAUGUUCGGAGACAUUUUUUGAAAAUAAAAGAGAACCUUUGUUUAUGUGUUUCUGUCGUGGUCAUCUUUGUAACCAUAGUUCAUCUUUAUUUGUAAAUUAUGGUAUUUUAGCUGUGAUGCCUGUUUUUACUUACUUGUAUCAAUAUUUAUUUGCUUGAAAAUAGUUUUUCAAUUUUUGUUUACACAAUCUCUGAUCUCACACUUAAUGGAGAAUCUUUUAAUUUAAAACUUUCACGUCCGAAAUUCAUUUUAAUUUCCAUUACAAGUGCGUUUUAAUCAUCUAACCAUCACCAUAAAAAGUGCUUAACGACCAUGUUCAUGGUAAAGACGAAUUGGAAUCUCAAUCUCGUUGUCCGUCCCAAUCGAUCCAAUGUCCAUUGUUUCAGUUAACACCUAUGAAAUCAUAUAAUUUCUCGGGACCAUCAUUUUUUGCCAGAAAUUAUUACCGUCCCUGUGACUAUCCAGCAAGCAAUUUGACCUUAGGUUUCAUUUUUUCACUUGAAAACGGAUUGUAUUGUCAUCUCUAACAUUUGAUAAUUUGAUAAUUUUAAAUAAAAAUUCA